AUGAAGUUCCUCGCCAUGAUGAUUGCCCUCGCGGCAAGCACUGCCUCUGUUAUGGCUGCACCUCUCUCUACGGAAGAUGCACCUCUCUCUACUGAAGAGAACAAAGUGGAGGCUCGAAGCUGUCCUAACGGCUGGAGCCAAUGUGGAGUGUGCAAUGGGACCUCAUGCAAAAUCGCCGGCCUUAAUUGUGCACUGUACAGAGUGGAGGCGGAGAUGGAAAACCAUGUGGAGGGGGUCUCUUCGAAACAAUCUAUUGCCCUGGCAAGUAAUAUAAAGGGGGGGAUGGCCUCCGCGCAUCAGAUUUCUUUUGUAUUUCUUAUAUUCGCUCGUUAG